AUGGGCGUAGGCCGGCGAGAACAGGACUAUGGCCCAGGCCCUAUGGGCGUAGGCCAACAAGAACAGGACUAUGGCCCAGGUCCCAUAGGCGCCCAAGAAGUAGACUAUAGCCCAGGCCCUAUGGGUGUAGGCCAACAAGAACUGGACUAUGGCCCAGGCCCCAUAGGCGUAGGCCGGCGAGAACAGGACUAUGGCCCAGGCCCCAUGGGCGUAGGCCAACGAGAACUGGACUAUGGCCCAGGCCCCAUGGGCCAUAGGCCACCUAAGCCUUACCCAGUCCUUACAUUCGCUAUAUUAUACUCAGUAUUAUUUCUCCUGAGGGUUGUGGUUGGCCGUCAGAUGGAUUAA